CGCUCCCUGGGAACCAAGUUCCUGUCACUUCUCAGCAUCUUGUGAACAUGGCCCUGCCGCCCUUCUUCUCCGCAGGUCGCCCUGGCCCGCCGCCCCCUGCUCCGUUCGGCUGUCCGCCGCCGCCGCUGCCCUCCCCGGCUUUCCCGCCGCCUCUUACCCAGCGGCCCGGCCCUUUUCCGGGGGCCUCUGCCCCCUUCCUCCAGCCUCCGCUGGCUUUGCAGCCCCGGGGUCCCACAGAAGCCUCCCGUGGCGGCGGCGGCGGCGGCGGCAGUGGUUCCUUCUUCCCGGUGCCGCCGCCGCCGCUACCGCCGCCGCCGCCCCAGUGCCGGCCCUUCGCGGGGACCGACGCUAGCGAGCGCCCAGGGCCACCGGCUCCAGGCCCGGGGCCUCCCUGGAGCCUGCGCUGGCCUGAGGCGCCGCCACCGUCCGACGUGCUCGGGGACGUGGCCCUGCAGCGCCUGCGCGACCGGCAGUGGCUGGAGGCUGUGUUCGGCACCCCGCGGCGCGCUGGCUGCCCGGGGCCCCAGCGCACGCACCCGGGGCCCAGCCUAGGCGAAGUGCGCGCGCGGUUGCGCGGGGCUCUGCGCCUGGUGCGGCGGCUGCGCGGCCUGGGCCAAGCCCUGCGCGAGGCCGAGGCCGACGGCGCAGCCUGGGCCCUGCUGCAUGCCCAGGCCGCUCCCCUGCGCGCCGAACUAGCCGAGCGGCUGCAGCCGCUGACCCAGGCCGCCUACGUGGGUGAGGCGCGGCGGAGGCUGGAGAGGGUCCGGCGCCGCCGGCUGCGGUUUCGCGAGAGGGCGCGGGAACGCCAGGCCGAGCGGGAGGCGGAGGCGGCCCGGGCAGUGGAACGCGAGCAGGAGAUUGAUCGCUGGAGGGUCAAGUGCGUGCAGGAGGUGGAGGAGAAGAAGCGGGAGCAGGAACUCAAAGCUGCAGCUGAUGGUGUCUUAUCCGAGGUGAGGAAGAAGCAAGCAGACACCAAGCGAAUGGUGGACAUUCUUCGGGCUCUGGAGAAACUGAGGAAACUGAGGAAAGAGGCUGCCGCAAGGAAAGGGGUCUGCCCUCCAGCCUCAGCAGAUGAGACUUUUGAGCACCAUCUUCAGCGACUGAGAAAACUCAUUAAGAAACGUUCUGAACUAUAUGAAGCUGAAGAGAGAGCCCUCAGAGUUAUGUUGGAAGGAGAACAAGAAGAAGAGAGGAAAAGAGAAUUGGAAAAGAAACAGAGGAAAGAAAAAGAGAAAAUUUUACUUCAGAAACGUGAAAUUGAGUCCAAGUUAUUUGGAGAUCCAGACGAGUUCCCGCUUGCUCACCUCCUGCAGCCUUUCCGGCAGUAUUACCUCCAGGCUGAGCACUCCCUGCCGGCACUCAUCCAGAUAAGGCAUGAUUGGGAUCAGUACCUGGUGCCGUCCGACCAUCCCAAAGGCAACUCAGUUCCCCAAGGAUGGGUGCUUCCCCCGCUCCCCAGCAACGACACCUGGGCGACCGCUAUUAAGCUGCAUUAGUAAAGGUGCUCCGGGAGUGAGGUCCAGCCCUGGCUCGGUCCAGCUCUGAACGGAUGCCGCCAUCUUGCGCCACAGACUCAGCUGCGACUUCCAGACUCCGAGUGGCACAGCCUUGCCCUUCUGUGCUUGGUCCUGGCCAGAGGUGCCUCUUGAAUCAGGAGAUGACUAUGGUUCUUCAGGAAAGGACCUACGUGAACUAAGGUCAUUACCCCAGCGUGACCUUGGCUCACCACAUCGCCUCUGUUCUGAGGGGCGUGGUCUAGAGUGACUUGCUAACUUUCUGUAACUUCCUUGUGUGGUGAUGGGUAAGUACACUCAGUUCACUCAAGUACUCAACACAGUGUAUGCUGGGCAGCAGCCCUUCCGCCAAUACCGAAUGUGAAGGGAGCUUAAUGCAAACCUCCUUACCUUCCUACGCAUGCGCCUCCAGCUCCCAGGAGGAAAGGUCAGACAGGCUCUGUCUUUGGCUUUGUUAAUCGCAGUUUCGGUGCAGUUUGGGAGGCUGCUGGUUAGGGUGACAGCAGUGACUACAGGUUGGGCUGCAGAAAUAAUGGUGCCCUGGUCUCUGUAGUCAUGUAGCUGAAGAGUGCCUGCACCUAAAUUGGAGUGUGUUUGAAUGUGUGUGGCUGCCUUGGCCCCAUGCUAGAGGAUCCUAAUGAGAGGUUCCUAGGGGUCUAGUUGUUUGGAAUACCCAAGGAUAGAAAUGUAUUUCCCCAUGGGAGUGGGCCCUAAACCUCACUCAGUCACAUUGUAGGAGCCAGGAUAGCUGUGGAAUUUUCUUUGGAACUCAAGUUUCCAAAAACAUUCAUGUAGUCAAAGCUGGGGAAAAGGCAAAUAAAAAUGAUAAAGUUUAUUUUUUAUAGUCACUAAUAAAUGUUGUGCUUGGAGAUGCUCAAUCAUAUAACAUGUCAGUUUUUUGUUUUUGUUUUGCCAAUUAUUUUGUUAUUUAUAUUUUUUAAAAAUCUAAAUAAAUAUUUCAAUUUUUAGUUUGAA